UCUGCAACCGGUUUAUACAAAGGUACGCAAAAUCUGUCACGUCGCCGCUACUCGAAACUCGUAAAAUGCAAUAAAAUACAAUGAAAUCCAUAAUCGUAGAUCAAGUUCCAACUAGGUACCAGUCUAUCGCGGUCAUUCAGUCCAAAUGCUCUUGCGUCGAAAAAGAUAAGAAUUUAAUAUUCAGUAUUGGAUAUCGGUAGUUAAAAGUGUCAAUAAAUAUUGGACUUAUUGGAAUCCUAACAAAUGAAAAUAAUUUAGAGCAUCUCUGGCAACCAAAGGUGUGAACACGAAAACUUUCUACCAAGCAACGACGAGAGGCAAAGAAAUCAAAACACAGCCAAUCAAAAAGAAAAUACAGGGACUGUUCGCUACAUUCGAAAACAUCACAAACCUUUGUGGUUGUUUAUGCUUCGUUCAAAUUAUCGCCGGACCGCACACCAACUGUUUAUUCUUUCCCAGAAUAUCUUAUAAGCCCCCAAAAGAACACCAAAGAUUUUGUAGUCAAGUAUUCUCCAACUUCUGGAAGUAUGGGUGAGACUUUCAGCCGCUGGUGGUGGGGCGGGGACCCGGACCAAAUAAAUGUAAUAUCUGGGAUGUCAUUGCGGGAUGUUUACAAUGUCCAACAGUCCUGGAAGACCAUUCACGCAAAUCCAUUGGAUAACGGAUACCUAAUGUUUUUUAGACUCUUCGAAGCAGACCCAGAAACGAAGACUUUCUUCAAGAUCCUCGACAAUGCGAGGUCAGAAGCCGAUAUGAAAGCGAACGUGAAGUUCAAAGCUCACAUCCUGAACAUUAUGGGGGCCCUCAACAACUCCGUAGUGAAUUUGGACAAACCUGAAGUUGUAGUGGUGUGGAUGGAAAAACUAGGAUCCGCACAUCAAAAAUUUAAUAUCCGGGAACGACAUUUUUGGGUGUUCAGAGAUGUUCUGGUGAACAUUUUGCAGAACGACCUCAAGUUAAGUGAGCCGAUCGUCAAGUCUUGGGGCAGAUACGUCACCUUCAUAUACAGUCAUAUACUACCGAAAUUGUCUUCAUAAGCUGCACUAAUUGGCAAAAUAGCUCAACUUUACUAUAUUUUUGCACGUUU